CCGGGAAACGGAGCCGACGAGGCCUAGCCACCCAGCCUCGUUUUGCGCUCUGCCGCCUCUAGGCUUUACGCCUUUCGCCUUAGUCCUCACUUGAGGGCGCUUCUGUUUGACAACAACUUUUUAAUAAUCACCUGCGGGUGGAUUGGACGGGCUGGACUUAACUCGGAGCAAGGACGUCAAAAAGCAACAAGACAUCAGCAACAACAGCGGGCCCUCUUCCUGUUCGGCCAGUCCAGCUAACCAGGAAUGGGAAGAGGGACCUGUAUUACGACUCUGGAUGACCGUUACGAGGAUCACGACUGCAAAGGUUUUUCUGCGUUAUCUCACUUUUACUUUACUGGCUGGAUUAUUGUGUGUGUUCGGAAUUCGGCGUUGCGGGAAUCGCAAUCACCAUCCCACCAUACCACCCACACUCACGCACACACCCACCACAACUGCGGCUACCACCGCCAUGCUGCUCUUGCAGGAGGUGCGGUGCAGGGACAGUCAGAUGUGCGAUGGAUUGCGACCCGGGAGAUGGAUGGAUCAGGGACAGGGACCGUGGGGGUGGGGACAGGGGGUCUGGUUUGGUCUCGGUUUUGGGUUGGCCUGAGCUGCCCGGAAAGGGCGGGCAUAGAUGGGAUUAAUCAAUCAAUUGAAUCAACAAUCACAGAUGUACGAGGGAUUGUGCUGGAAUGGGUGGCAGCGGAAGCAAGCCACCACCACCAUUACAACCGCACCAACAGUGAAGACUAGGACCGCCGCUUUCUUUUCGCAGGACUUGCUGGGAGGGGCGAGGGGCGAGGUUCUAGAUGUGUAUGAUAUAUAAUCC